AUGAAGAUGAGAGCAGCAUGGGGUCUCGUUGUGGUGCUGGCGCUUGCGCUGGUCAUGGCCCACGGCGACGAGAAGGCGGCUGAGUGUGAUGCAUUGGGCUUCGACGCCGCGACCCUCUCCUGCUCCUCUUGCACCCUCCUCCCCACGUUCGUGCACGAUGAGGGUCUUGUGGCAGACUGCCGCAAGUGCUGCAGCGAAGCAGAGACCACCGACGACAACCGCGUCUUCGAUCACGCUCGCUUGGAGAUGGACAAGUCCUUUAUGAUGGCUCUGGCCUACUACCACCCCGGCCUCUACCACUUCCUCAAGGGAUCCGCCUUCCAGCACUUCCUUGGUCUGCAAGUGGUGGACAAGUCGAACAUGAAGCCCACCCUCGUCUUCCUCGAUGCCUCUGGCGAGCCGCAGCUCACCACCCAGCUCGGCGGGUGGAAGGAGGAGACGAUCGUGGAGUACCUCGAGACCAAGCUCACCAACAAGGCGGGCAAGCCCAUCAAAGGCGCCCACAUGCCCAAGUGGCUGCGAGCGUUCAUCGACAAGAAGCACUGA